AUGUUGAAAGAUAUGCGUGGCCUGACGUGUCUGCUAACGCUGGCUGGUAUUGCGUCUGCACAGCAGCAGCAGCCACUAUCGGCACCCCGCAAACCUAAUAUUGUUUUCAUCUUGACCGAUGAUCAGGAUGCCCAUCUCGAUUCUUUAGACUACAUGCCCUUCGUACAGAAACAUCUAAUUGACAAGGGAACCUAUUAUCGCAGUCACUACUGCACAACUAGCGUUUGUUGUCCAUCCCGAGUCACCCUCUGGACUGGAAAGUUGGCUCACAACACGAACGUGACCGACGUCAAUCCUCCAUAUGGCGGCUAUCCCAAAUUUAUCUCGCAAGGCUUCAACGAGAACUAUCUUCCGGUCUGGCUGCAGGAAGCGCAGUACAACACCUAUUACACCGGAAAGUUGUUCAACGUGCAUACCGUCGACAACUACGACGCGCCAUUUGCAGCUGGAUUCACAGGAUCUGACUUUCUCCUUGAUCCGUUCACGUACGACUAUCUCAACAGCACCUUUCAACGGGACCGUGAAACACCCCAGAGCUACGAGGGCGAGUACACCACCGAUGUCCUUGCGCAAAAGGCAAACCGUCUCCUUGACGAGGCUGUCGACGCUCAGAAACCAUUUUUCCUCACAAUUGCCCCAAUUGCGCCUCACAGUAAUGUCUUUAUGGACGGAACAGGGCUAGAUGACAACCCGGUCUUCAGCUUCAGUGCGCCCAUCUCGGCAAAGAGACAUGAACAUCUGUUCGAGGACGUGCUAGUUCCCCGCACCCCCUCCUUUAAUCCUGAGCAACCGUCAGGAGCGAAUUGGAUCAAGACUCUGAAGCGCCAGAAUGAGACAAAUGUUGAGUACAAUGACCACUUCUACCGCACUCGCCUACGUGCACUCCAGGCCGUUGACGAGAUGGUCGACGGCUUAUUCGCCCGCUUACAGCUACACAAUAUUCUUGAUAACACAUAUGUUGUCUACAGCAGCGACAAUGGCUACCACAUUGGUCAACACAGACUCCAACCAGGCAAGUCAUGCGGAUACCAGGAGGACAUAAACAUCCCCUUGAUUAUUCGCGGUCCCGGAAUUGCCGAGAAUGCAACCACAGAUAUUGUGACGACGCACACUGAUCUUGCUCCAACCUUCUUUCAGUUGCUAGGUAUCCCGCUUCGACCUGAUUUCGAUGGCGACCCCAUCCCUCUGACGCAGAGGCAAAUUGAAGAUGUGCACGAAGAGAGACAAGAGCAUGUCACCGUUGAGUAUUGGGGCUCUCCGAAUGCUCUCCGAAUCAAAGGAGAGGGAUAUAACCUCUACUAUUCCGUUUGGUGCAAUAAUGAGCACGAGCUCUACGACAUGACGACAAAGAACAAUUACCUUUCCCAUAAGAUUCUAGACACCGAUCUCGCGAAAGUUGUCCCAAGACUCGACUCACUGCUUCUCGUCCUCAAGUCAUGUAAGGGCCAAGUAUGCGUCAAGCCAUGGAAAGCACUGCAUCCCCGCGGCGAGGUCGUCACGUUGGAAGAUGCUUUACAUGCGCGGCACGAUAACUUCUACGAGAUAGAGCAGACGACUAGAGUUCGAUUUGAGGAAUGUGCACGCGGAUAUAUUCUCGAUGCCGAGGGACCCCAGUUCGAUGAAGGAAAAAUGAUUCUUCGGGAUGGAUUGCCGUGGUAUGAAUGGAUUUGA